AUGCCAUUUAUCAAUAAGAGUCAACCGCCGCAACAACAGCAAAAGGAAGACAAAUAUCGUUAUGUAGAAGAGAUCUUAUCUGCGUCAGAUUAUUAUCAUGUCCUUGGAAUUAAAAGGAAUGCUACAUCAGAGGAAAUAAGAAGAGCUUAUAUCAAAAAAAGUAGAGUCUGUCAUCCAGACAAAUUUGUACCUUCUUAUCCUCGAGCAACAGAAAGCUUUCAAAUCUUAUCUAUUGCCUACGAAACCUUAAUCAACCCAUCAACCAAGUUAGUUUAUGAUUUAUCUAAACAAAAAGGAAUUCCCUACACAUCAUCAUCCUUUGCAUCCGAUGAUAAUAAUUCAAACGAUACAUUACAACGAGUUUUACAUCAGUUAUUUAAUGAAAUGCUCGAAGGGGAAUUUCAAACACUAAGAGCCUUUAUACAUGCGUUGAACGAAACAAAUCCUGGUAUGCACAUCACAGAGGAUGCUAUACUUCAUAUUGAACUUGCCUUUCGAAAGAUGAGAGAGUUAUUUCAGUCCACUCACCAAUAUUACAAAGUUAUACAGUUUGAACUGAUGAGGUUAUAUGAAUUACAACAAGAACUAAGACAGCUAUCCUAUUUUGCAGUAUGGAAACGUAUGCAACUAUCUAUUACUAUAUGCAAAGUUCUACUACAGUUACCCAUCAUCAUCAAUACCCACUCAAAGCAACAAAAACAGUUACUGGAAGAUUCACAGACGAGAAGAGACGAGCAUCAAGGCAUACUGAAUCAAAAUAUUGAGUCUGCCUUAAAAUUGGCUGUCGGCCUCUUGGAAAGUGGUGAAAGGUUUACAAAGUCUUGGUGA